UCGCGGCGUCUCCGCCAGGGUCGCUCUCUGUCUCUCCGGGAGCGACUGAGACGCACAGGCGUCUGUCGCCAGUCGAGAUGGUGGACCUCGAGGGGAAAGACGCCGUCAAAGCGGCGCUGCGGUGCUCCCCGUGGCGGGUACCGGCGAGGACGGUGUUCGCGGUGGUGCUGUGGUUCGGCGCCUUCUUCCUCGGCACCAUGCUGGGCAGCAUGCCCAUCACGCUGAUCGCCAUGGUGAAGCCCACUGGCGAUGGUACAGCGCACGGGGUCGACUCCUCCACCGACGUCAACAUCUCCUCGGGCAGCCUGUGCCCGUGGCCAGCGGUCCAGGAAGCCACGGAGGGUGCCUCCACACAGGCGCCGGAGGGGGAGUUCUCGUGGGACGCCAUGACGCAGAGCUACCUGCUGACGGCGGGCGGGUACGGCUCCCUGGCCUCCAGCCUGGCCGGGGCGCGGCUGGCCGAGGUGUUCGGCCCCAGGAGGGUGCUGGGCCUGGCCUUCGCCGGGGCGGCCCUCGCCAACCUGCUGUGCCCCGCCGCGGCGAGACUCUCCGUGUGGCUGCUGGUGGCGCUGCGGGCCGUGCAGGGAGGCCUCAUGGGCUGCGUGAUGCCUGGAGCGACAAUUCUGUUCGCAUCUUGGAUACCACCCGACGAACGAGGAAGAUUUUCAGGAAUGAUAUUUUCAGCCAUGAUCUUCUCGAACCUGUUCACGAUGCUGGUGAGCGGCAACCUGGCCACGUGGCUGGGCUGGGACGCCAUCUUCUACUUCUACGGCCUCAUGAUGGUGCCGUUCUGCGCCGCGUGGGCUCUGUGCGUGUACGACUCGCCCCUGCAGCACCCGCGCAUCUCCGAGGAGGAGAGACGCUACAUCGUGUCCACCACCAAGAGGGAGACCCGGAAAAUACUGUCGGUGCCAUGGUUCAGAAUACUGACAUCGCCCGUCAUCUGGGCGAUAAUACUGGUGAACGUGUCCGUCAACUGGCUGUCCAACACGCUCAACACGGAGCUGCCUCUCUACAUGAGGAACUUCCUGCACUUCAACAUCAACCAGAGCACAUACCUGUCCGCGCUGCCGCACAUCUUCCAGUUCGUCAGCAACGUGAUGUGCGGCCUGCUGUCCCAGUGGCUGAGGACCGGGGGGCGCCUGGGACACCUCGCGGCCUACCGCGUCUUCAACGGCGUGGCGAUGCUGGGGCCGGCGGUGAUCCUGGUGUGCGUGCCGCUGGCGGGCUGCGACGCGACUGCGCUCGUGGCGCUGUUCGUGGCGGCCAUGGUGCUCAACGGCGCCUUCUUCGGCGGCAGCAUGCUGCACCACCUGGACGUGUGCGUCAACUUCGCCGGCUCAGUCUCCGCCGUAAUCUCCACCCUCACCGGCUGCGUGCACAUCGCGGCUCCCACCGUCGCCGGCGCAGUCGUCGGCGAUCAGCCGACCACGGAGAGGUGGAACCUCGUGUUCUUCAUCGCCGCCAUUGUGUCCGCCGCUCCGUACGCCUUCUUCCUGCUGUUCGGCUCCGUGGAGGAGCAGCCGUGGAACAGACUGCCCGAAGACGUCGCGACCGGCGAGGCAGAGGACAAGAAGGAAGUCUCCCCCAAGGCGUAGGGGCAGCCAUUUUUAGCGAGAAAAAAAAAUUCUGAACUUUAUUAGACUGCAACGAGGUAUACCAGCCACCAGCGGUUUCUACCCUUGUGAUUGGCGGCCGUCUGCGAGAGAAGUCGUUGCCUUGCUUGACCUGAGCCACUCAGGACUGCGUUUGCUUCCGCGCUGGUUUACUGUGAGUGAUGCUGUAACAAUCGACAUGUACCUGAAAUAAACUCACCCAAUCACGAAACACAAA